AUGAUUCUGGUGUGUCUCUAUGUUGAGGACGUAUUGCUAAUAGGGGGUUGUUCAAAUGAGAUAGCUAAGUUCAAGAAGGUGUUGAUGAUUAAGUUUGAGAUGACUAAUUUAGGAAAUAUGAGAUUUGAGCUAAUAAAUUGUAAGUCAGCAAUCACACAUGCUGAAACAAAUCACAAGUUGGAUUAUGAUGUUAAGGGUGAUGAUGUAGAUGCUAUAAUUUUUAAACAGUUGGUGGACCCAUUGAUAUAUCUCUGUAAUACCAUACUUGACAUUUGUUGUGCAAUUGGACUAUUAACAUCUCCUGAUAUUCAAAAGGAUACUGUUAAAGUUGCUGCAACGGUCACUACUCAAGUUAUACUGGAUGAUCUUGGAGAUGAUUUAUUUGCUAUUUUAAUUGAUGGAUCUCGUGAUAUUUCAGUGAAUGAGAAAAUGGUUGUGGUUAUACGUUAUGUAAAUAAUGAAGGAAAAGUUAUUGAACGCUUUUUUGGUGUUGUUCAUGUUUCAAAUACUAGUGCUCUAACAUUGAAAUCGGGUUUGGAGUCAUUAUUUGUAAAAUAUGGAUUAAGUUUGUCAAGGAUACGUGGACAAGCGUCAUGUAAGCGCCGAGAUAUUCUUCGUGAAAGUCAAGCUACAAAGGUGAAACAAGCAUUGGAACAUGGAGAAAUUUCUAGUAUGCGUGGCUUGAAUCAAGAAAUGACAAUUAAGAAGGCGGAGGAAACAAGAUGGAGCUCACAUUAUCGUACAUUACUUAAUAUAGUUUCUCUAUUCUCUUCUAUGAUUAAUGUGCUACAAAUGGUUGAGGAAGAUGGUACAAAUUUAGAUAAAAAAUGUGAAACACCAAUGCUGAUGAAUUAUAUGCAAUCUUUUGAAUUUAUUUUCAUCUUGCAUUUGAUGAAAAUGGUUUUAGAAAUUACACAUGAUUUAUCUCAAGCAUUACAAAGAAGUGAUCAAAAUAUUGUAAAUGCUAUGAAGUUAGUAAAAGUGUCCAAAAUAAGGCUACAAGUUAUAAAAGAUAAUGGUUGGGAUUCUUUGUUGAAUGAUGUUUUAUUAUUUUGUGAGCAUAAUAAUAUUGACAUUACAGAUAUGAAUGACACUUUUCAACCGACAAAAAAAAAGUUAAAGAGAAAAAUGAAGAAAGUAUCUAAUUUACACCAUUUUCAAGUUGGAUUGUUUUAUGAAGUGAUUGAUCGACAACUUCAAGAGUUGAACAAUCGUUUUACAGAAGUGAAUACUGAGUUGCAACUUUGUGUAGCUUGUUUAAAUCCAAGAGAUUCAUUUUCUGCAUUUGAUAAGGAGAGGUUGAUUCGUUUAGCUCAAUUUUAUCCUUCAGAGUUUUCCUAA